GGUUUCACGGACGGCCCGGUUUGGCCCAUCCCGGCCGCCUUACAGCUCGUCCCCGGGCCCCGCCGAGCCUCCUCGGGCUGGCUCCGGCCUCCUGGGGCUUCUCGGGAGACUCCCCGGCGGGCCGGGCCGGGCGCCGCUCCGCGCCAAGGCUGGGGACCAUGUUCCCCAGCACCGGCUCCAACGGGCUGUAUAAAGCACCUCUGUCAAAGAGUCUUUUAUUAGUCCCAAGUGCCCUGUCGGUUCUAUUGACUCUGCUCUUCCAACAUUAUCAGAAGUUCUUCACGUAUAACCUACAAGCUGUAAAAGAGGAUUUUCAGAUUUGGAGACUUGUAUUUGGGAGAACAGUAUGUCUUGAUCUGAAAGAUACAUUCUGCAGUAGCUUGCUCAUUUAUAACUUCAGGAUAUUUGAAAGAAGAUAUGGCAGCCGAAAAUUUUCAUCCUUUUUAUUGGGCUGCUGGAUGCUGUCAGCUUUGUUUGAUCUUCUCCUUGUAGAAGUUGUGCAGUAUGCAUUUGGCAUCACCAUCAGCAGUUUGCCUUCUGGAUUCUUGGGUCCUGUAUUUGCUCUGUUUGUACCAUUUUUUUGCUCCAUUCCAAGGAUGCAAGUGACACAAAUAUUAGGCCAAUUUCCCAUCACAAACAAGACAUUGGUCUAUAUACUGGGUUUACAGCUCGUAACCUCUGGUUCCUACAUCUGGAUUGUAGCCGUAAGUGGACUGAUUUCUGGGAUGUGCUACAGCAGUAGUGUGCUAAAAGUUCAUCAGGUGCUUUGUGUUCCCAGCUGGCUGGCAAAGAUACUUUCUUGGACUCUUGAACCAAUAUUCUCAUCUGCAGAACCAUCCAACGAGAUUCGAGUAGGAAUGGGAGCAACAGUGGACAUCCAGAGACAGCAGAGAAUGGAAUUACUGGAUCGUCAAAUCAUGAUGUCUCAGUUUGCACAGAUGAGACGGCAAAGACAACAGCAGGGCAGGGUGAUUAACUGGAAUCGAUUCCUUCCUCCUUUACGUCGUAGACAUAAUGCAAAUUAUCAAGAUAAUGGCCAGUCUGAGCAAGAGGCACCUCCACCUGCUGAAGUUUCUGAGGAACAGGUUGCACGACUUAUGGAAAUGGGAUUUUCCAGGGUAGAUGCUUUGGAAGCUCUGAGAGCUUCAAAUAAUGACCUUAAUGUAGCUACCAACUUCCUACUGCAGCACUGAUGAUUGCCUGUGAAGAAAAACUUCAGCAAGAGGAUCAAAGCCACCUGCUGGAUAGACUCAUAAAGAGCAAAAGCCAAGGAGAAGAAAUGUCUACUAUACGCGAUGUUUCAAAGUAGUGUUAAUGGAUGGCACUGACUGUUCCUAAAUCCCCAAAUAAAGUGGUGGUUACUGUUCUGGUUAUUCUUUAAAAGUAACUUUUAUCUCUAUAUGUUAUAUGAUAUCCUCAAAUUUUAUUUUAAAAAAUUUGGUGUCUUUCUUUUUUAAAUCAGUAUUAGACAUAUUAUCAUUCCUAAUAACUAGGAAUUACAGAAGCAACUCAAACUACUGCAAACAGCUAAAUUUACCUAUCAGGAAAAAUUAUCAUUCUAUUCUUUUUCUCAGUUUCUUUGCUCUAAAACUGUAACUCUACAUUAUUUUACAGUAUUUUGAUUUUUGAUCACAAUAAUGAGAAAAUGUUCAGAUGUGGUGGGUAAUGUCAUUUCCAUAAAGAAUUAUGGGACUAACAUGUCAUUCAUCAAUAAGUUUGAUUAAUGUUUGUAAUAUUUUCUCUCUCUCAAAAUCUUUUUUAAAUAAAAGUUGUAAUUCAGUACCAUAAUUCAUGUAGGAUACCAGAACUGUUACAUGCGUAUUGCAGGUUACAUUAAGUGACUGGUAUAAAUUUAAACUAUACAAAUUGUGUAGAUAACUUUACAGAUCAGACAGUGUAAAAAUACUUGAAUGGAAGCAGUAAAAGGGAAUUUGCUGAUUACAAUAAGAUCAGACCUGACAUCAUUAAUCUGAUUUGGGCAUGUUUCCAUGGUAACAUGAUGGAAUGUUUAGUAUGCUGCGUGUUAGUUUUGGUGUUUUGAGCAGCCUAUACAUUUCUUUAAAAGAAAAAUACAAACCAGGCAGAGGAAAAGACCAUUCUUCUGGUUCUGUCUGGUCUUAGUUUUCUGCUGUUAUAGAUCCGGACCACCCUCGGUGUACUAUGGGAGGAUGCACUUACUGUCAGUCACUGACUGUAAGCCUGGCCUUUGGAAGGAUUGAGUCAAGGCAACAGGAGUCUAAUGGCAGGGGAGCAAGAAAUGGGUUUUAGAGUUUGAAAUGAUAAAUAUACCUAUUUCACCUCUUUUUCAGAAGUUCUGUGCCUCCCCAGCUUGGGAGUUUCUGGAUACUCAGCACCUCUACAAAUCAAGCCAGUUAUUAUGGAGGUGCCAAUUCUGGCUCCAUAAUUAAAGUUAAGUUGAGUUUUGCACUUAAAUGUAUCAUAUAUACAUGUGUAGCAUGUAUUUUGUAUAUGUGCAUGCUGUAUGUAUUAUACAUAUAUGAUUGAAAACAGGACUGAAGAUGUCAGGGAGAAUGAAGUGGGAGGAGUAAGAAGUUGGAAGGAAAGAAGAGAACAGAGGGGAGAAAGAGGAGGGAGUACUGUGUUUUAGAAAUCAAAAUGAGGGGAUAAUUGGGAUUUCUAAAAAUGGCAGCUACUGUAUUCUGCAAAAUGAACAGAAAAUAACAUCAGAUUUUGUUCACAUUUAGGUACAUAAUGUACUUAUAAUAAUACAGAUUAUUUUGCUCAUGUCUUAAUUUCCAUUGGACUGAUUAAGAGAUUUGAAAUGAGUGGGUCAUUAUUUUAGCUUGUGAACAUUGUAACGUGAGGUAUUUGCAUACAGCUACAGUCUUUUUGUAGACUCUUCCUGCAUUUUUAAGUGAAAGAUUGUUUUGUUCACUUAAAGAUGACUGGCAUUUUUCCUGCAUGGGUUAAGGAGAUGUCUGGAGUCAGUUAAGUCUCAAAACUGACUGGAUCAAAAAGAGAAGCCCCGGAAUCUUAAAAAGAAUCUGUUAAAAAAUGGCAUGAUGAUUUGAAGCUCAGUUAAAACUUUUGGAGUAUACGUCUAAGAGGUCAUACUUUUUUAUUUUAAAAUAGGUGUAAAGUCUCCCCAUCACGAUCAGAAUAAUUGUAUAAUACAGGGGUAGGCAACCUAUGGCCAAAGGCGGCACGUGAGCUGAUUUUCAGUGGCACUCACACAGCUCGGCUCCUGGCAACUGGUCCGGGGGG